UCGUAGGCUUGGAAUUUAAUUAAUCUAGUUGCUGCUGGUGGAUGAGGGCCAGUCAAUUUAUUUCCGAUAGACGGUUGAAUCAAGAAGGUUUUCGUGCAGAUCCGGUUUUGAGCUCUUCGGCGAUCCAGCAGACGAGGAAUUUGGUGAUCUCGGAAGGAAUUGCACGGAAUUUGAUUACUGUUUGUUUGCUCUUUCAAUGGCAACCAUGGGGAACAACAAUAUGCAGGCCAAGCUGGUCCUUCUUGGUGAUAUGGGAGCUGGAAAAUCAAGCCUGGUUUUGCGAUUUGUGAAAGGCCAAUUUUUUGAUUAUCAGGAAUCAACAAUUGGAGCUGCAUUUUUCUCUCAGACGCUUGCUGUAAAUGAGACAACUGUAAAAUUUGAGAUAUGGGACACUGCAGGACAGGAAAGAUAUCAUAGCUUGGCUCCUAUGUAUUAUCGAGGUGCUGCCGCAGCCAUAAUUGUAUAUGAUAUAACAAAUGCGGAUUCUUUUGCCCGAGCAAAGAAUUGGGUACAGGAGCUUUUAAAGCAAGGCAACCCAAACUUGGUAAUGGCACUCGCUGGAAACAAGGCUGAUGUGGUAGCCAAGCGCAAGGUUGAACCAGAGGAAGCAGAAACAUAUGCAAAAGAAAAUGGGCUGUUUUUCAUGGAAACAUCAGCAAAGACAGCACAAAACGUCAAUGAACUUUUCUAUGAAAUUGCACGGAGAUUGCCCAAAGCUCAGCCUGUGCAGCAUCCUGCAGGAAUGGUUCUCACAGAUCGACCUGCUGAAAGAACAAGAAACACAUGCUGCGCUUAAGGGACCAUUCACAGAACGUCGUGUUUUGCAUGCACCUUUCAGAUAAUUAUUUUUUGGCAUCAUAUAGGUCAAAAUAUACCUUAGCAUGUGGUGAUCUUGUAAUACGCCUUUUUGAUUUGAAUAAAAAUGAUUUGGUCAGAUGUCAUCUUUAUUCUUGUCAGAAGGUUAAGUAGAUUGGAACUGAUCAUAUUUACCCCUUUUGAGUUUAUUUUUUAAUGUGUUUAUUUUCUCUCCAAUUGAUAUUUAUUUACAUAAAACAACAAAGUCUGUACAGGAAUUUAUGGUGUUGCAACCAUUGUAAUGCAAAAUUUGCCUUUUCA